GGUUCUGAAGAGAAGUGGUAAGUUCAAUGCAGUUUUCGACUGAGCUCUGAAUACCGAACUUUCACCAUGAAGGUAACAAGCAUCUUUCUUCUUAGUGCUUUGGCCCUGUUGAGUUUAUCUGGCAACACCAGAGCUGGCUUGGAGGGAAGAGAGGCUAAAUGUAACACUGAAACAAAUGCAUGUACCAAGAUCUAUGAUCCUGUCUGUGGGACUGAUGGAGAAACGUAUUCUAAUGAAUGUGUGUUAUGUGUUCAAAAUAAGAAGCGUCAGACCCCUGUCUUCAUUAAAAAAUCUGGACCUUGCUGAAAACCAAGGUUCUAAAAUCACCUGUGGUUACCACAAUGCCUAGCAGGCCUGACUGUUGAAUAAAACGCAUCUAAAUACU